AUUCUGUUCCCGUCCUUUUUGGCAUCCUUCCUCCUGUCUACUUUGUUCACUAUGCCAUGUUUGUUUCAGCAAUGGUAACCUUGAAUGGUUUGUCGGUAACUCUUAGGCAACUUGAUCGAGUCAAGUGCCAGUUAGAUGAUUUUUAUAGAGCUUAUGAGCGACUUUAUGGUAUUGAAAACUGCACAAUGAAUGUUCACCUUUUGACUCAUUUGCCAGAUGUCGUUAGACGGUGGGGCAUGUUAUGGGCAUACAGUUGCUUCUGGUUCGAAUACAUCAACGGACAAAUAAGGAACCAUGUUCAUGGCACUAGAUAUGUUACGUCCCGGGCUUCCACGUCAAUGGCAGUUAUACGAGGUCUGCUAUUGCUGCAAGAUGAAGAUGUAUCACCUGUCCAGCACUGCUCAGUGAACGUGUUCCAACUAUGGCAACGAUUACUACAUACAACUGAUAAACCAAGAAUACAAAUACGUGAAUUGUUUUCUGGAUGUGUUGCUGUUGGAUUAUCAAAGAAUGAACACCUGAACAGUUCAGCUUUGGUUGCUAUGAAUAGGUUUUGUGAUGAGAGAGGUUUACCUAGUGUGCUUCAGAACACUAAGGUGUCCAUUGUUGACAAGAUGAUUGUGAAAGGCCAAACCGUGUUUGCAAACGUUACCAUAGAGUCAAGAAGAGUAUAUCGUAUGCAGUGAAACUCAAUACAGGUGUCAGAAGAGAUGUCAGAUUUGGGCUUGUGGAGGCUUUUAUUUUGUAUGAGAAUGUGGCAAUUGCGCUGAUCAAGGAGCUACUGCUGUCAUCCACCCAAAUCAAUGAAUACUGUGACAUUGAUAUUCUUGAUCAGUAUGUUGUCAGUGAUCUUCUUUCACAUAUAUACAAAGUGGAAGUUUCACGUAGUGUUGUAGCAAUUGACUCUGUAGAGAUAGUUGAAAAGGUAGUUUUUAUGAGAAUUCCUUCUCAAACGGGUUACAAUUGCUAUGUGUCUUGUUUACCUAACUGUAUUGAGUGUGAUUAGUACAAGAGUAGUGUAGCUGGACUUGUGUGUACCAAAUUGCUUUUUUGCAUGUAAUUUCGUGUUACGUAUAGUUUUGUCUAAGCUAUAUGUGAGAGAUA